AUGGAUACUGCAUUAAUCAAAACAGUUCAGAACCCUGUUGACUUGCCACAAAUUGUAGUCAUUGGCUCUCAAUCAAGUGGUAAAAGUUCCGUACUUGAAAAUAUUGUUGGUAGAGAUUUCUUGCCAAGAGGCACAGGAAUUGUUACUAGAAGGCCAUUGGUUAAAAAAACUGAUACUCCAGAACCACUUAGAAAAGAUAGUAAAUCAUCGGAUAAAAAAGAUUCAAGUAAAAAAAAUGAAUCAAAUCCGGAAGAGUGGGGUGAAUUCUUACAUAUUCCUGGUGAAAAAUUUUAUGAUUUUAAUAAAAUUCGUGAUGAAAUUGUUCGUGAUACUGAUGCAAAAACUGGUCAAAAUGCUGGAAUUUCAUCAUUACCAAUCACUCUUCAAGUAUAUUCACCAAAUGUUCUUACAUUAACAUUAGUGGAUUUACCAGGACUCACAAAGGUCCCUGUUGGAGAUCAACCAGUAGACAUCGAGAAACAAAUUCGUGAUAUGAUCUUGAAGUAUAUAACUAAACCUAAUUCUAUUAUUCUUGCCGUAACCGCUGCAAAUACUGAUUUGGCCAAUUCAGAUGGUUUGAAAAUGGCUCGUGAAGUUGAUCCUGAAGGAUCACGUACAAUUGGAGUUCUUACAAAAAUUGAUCUUAUGGAUAAAGGGACAGAUGUUGUAGAUAUAUUGGCGGGAAGAAUUAUUCCAUUAAGGCUUGGUUAUGUACCAGUUGUAAAUAGAGGUCAAAGAGAUAUUGAAAACAAAAAAACGAUAAAUACUGCGCUAGAGGCCGAGCGUUUAUUUUUUGAAGAUCAUCCUUCCUACAAAAGUAAAGCUCAAUAUUGUGGAACACCUUUUCUUGCCAGAAAAUUAAAUAUGGUAGAAAUUAAAGCCAAAAUUCAAGGUGCCUUAGUGAAAUAUAGAACAGAAUUGGGAUCUCUAGGAGAUCCGUUAAUCGAUGACAAUCCAAGCCUAGUUCUUAAUAUCAUCACGGAAUUUUGCACAGAAUUUCGUACAGUUAUCGACGGUAAUUCCAAUGAAUUGUCAUCAUUUGAAUUGUCUGGUGGUGCUCGUAUAGGUUUUGUGUUUCAUGAAGUGUUUGCCAAUGGUAUAAAAUCUAUUGAUCCAUUCGAACAAAUAAAAGAUGCUGAUAUCAGAACUAUACUUUUCAAUUCUUCGGGAUCAUCUCCAGCAUUAUUUGUUUCAGCAAUUGCAUUUGAUGUUAUAAUAAAACAACAAAUUAAACGUCUCGAAGAUCCAACACACCCUGAAUUUAUUAAUGGUCAUAAAGCCACGGCUAUAGUUCAUGAAAAAUUUAAUCCAAAACCACCACCAAUUGAUGGAAAGAAUGGACGUGGAAGUAUCUCCAAUUUGACAAAUCCAUUAACAAAUGUCGAUCCCGAGGAAUCAAAUGCUGGAUUCUUUGGAAGUUUUUUCGCUGGUACUAAAAAAAAGAAACCCGGCGUCUUAGAAGCUCCUCCAGCAGUUUUAAAAGCCUCUGGACAUUUAUCUGAAAGAGAGAAUAUCGAAACCGAAGUGAUCAAACUACUUAUCAAAUCAUAUUAUGAAAUUGUAAAGAAAACUAUUGUUGACAUGGUACCAAAAGCAAUCAUGCUCAAUCUUGUUUCAUAUGCUAAAGAGGAACUUCAGCGUGAACUAUUACAAGAAUUAUAUAAAUCUGAUAUUUUAGAUGAACUGCUCAAGGAGAGCGAAUUCACUGUACAACGAAGAAAAGAAUGUAAAAAAAUGAUUGAAGCUUUACAAAAGGCUGACGAGAUUGUAUCUGCUGUUUAA